AUGAGAAUUGCUUUCUUUUUACUUGUUUUAGCCGUUAUUAUCGGAUUUGCUUAUGGUUACAGUUGUCCAAAACCAUGUUAUGGUAACAUGUGUUGUUCAACUUCACCAAAUAACCAAUAUUAUUUAACUGAUUUCUGUGGAAGCACAAGUGCUUGUGGUCCAGUUCCAUCAUGUAGUGGUGCUCUCUAUUUCACAGCUGAUAGUCAACGUUUUGGUUGUGGUAAAUAUUUAAAUCUUUGCAGAAGUGGUAAAUGUGUUAAAGCCCAAAUUUAUGAUGCUGGUCCAGCCAUGUGGGUUGAACAAGAUGCUGGUAUGAUGAUUAUUGAUGCAUCACCAACUAUUUGUCACGUUCUCACUGGUGGAUCAUCAUGUGGUUGGAGUGAUCAUUUCCUUAUCACAGCAACUGUUACAUCUCUCACUGAUUCAAGACCACUCGGUCCAUUCAAUGUUACUGAAUCAGAAAUGGCUCAACUUUUCAUUGAUCAUGAAAUUGCUAUGGCUCAAUGUGAAGCUGAAAAGACCUGUAAUGGUUUUGAUCUCGAAUAA